AUUCCUUUGGAAACACCUAUUGUAUUUAUGUUCAAAGUCAAAGUUAUGUUUAAAAGGGCAGAUACUAAAAACAUAUUGAAAUCAAGGUUAUAAGGUUCAUAAUAGUCAGUAAUACGUGCACUACAAAUCAUUAGAAUUUUGUGAAGUUAUCGUAUGCACGCCGCCGCCAUCCAAAACAACGAAAUACACGCUGAAAUCCAGUUUUCGGAUGACCUUGUUCACUAUCAUUAUCGCCCAUUGACAUACUAUCUUAUUUGUUAUAUGUGACUUGUCCCAUUCGAGGCGUAUUUUUUCAAUAAGCACAGUUGUUAUCGGCAGCAAUGGCAUCUGGUGCGCUCUUGAAAUCCACCAGAUUAGGCCUAUCAUGGCCAGGCGCCAAGGCAGUGGCUUCUCAGUGCCGCACCUUCACCAGCCAGCUGACAGAGCAGCAGAAAUCUAUCCAGGAGCUGGCCCGUACCUUCACCAAUGAACACUUGAAGCCAAACGCUUCUCGCCUGGAUCUCCAGGGCCGGUACCCAUUUGAACAGCUAAAACAACUCACAAAACUUGGCCUGAUGGGCGCCAAUGUAGACGAGGAAUACGGCGGGCUAGGUCUCGACUACCUCUCUCUCACAGUAGCCAUCGAAGAGCUGUCUCGUGGUUGCGCCAGCACCGGAAUGAUCCUGUCCAUCCACAACUUCUUGUACGCCAACCUGGUCAACGAGAGAGGAACACCAGAACAAAAGGAGAAGUUCUUGUGUGAUUUCACUAAGGGUUCCAUUGGAUGCUUCGCGUUGAGCGAGCCUGACGCUGGCAGUGACGUCGCCAACAUCAAGACUAUAGCGAAGUCCGACGGCGACCACUGGAUUCUGAGCGGCAAGAAGAGCUGGGUCACGUCCGCCAUUGAAGGCUCCGCGACCGUCGUGUUCGCGACCGUCAACCCUGAGCUCAGGCAUAAAGGAAUCGCGUGUUUCCUUGUCCCGCUGGACGCUGAAGGCGUGUUCAGAGGCAAGAAGGAGCCGUUGAUGGGCGUCAGCGUGUCUUACAGGGCUGCGACCGCGUGCGACAUCACCCUGGAUGAAGUGAGGAUUCCGAAGAGUUAUAUGGUGGGAGAACCAGGGGAAGGCUUCCGGAUAGCCAUGGAGCAGCUGGAUCAAGGAAGGAUUGGGAUAGCUGCUCAUGCUGUUGGCAUCGCACAAGCGGCUUUGGAUACAGCCAUGGAGUACGCCAAGGAGAGAGAGGCUUUUGGAAAAAUCCUUACAAGACUGCCGUCAGUCAAGGACCGCCUAACCGACAUGUGUAUCCUCGUCGAAACAGCGCGUCUUCUCACGUACCGCGCGGCAACUCACGUGUGUACGAAAAACAGCGCAAUGGCGAAAUACGUGGCGGGACGUAACGCCGCCGCUGUGGCCGAUCAUUGCGUGCAGAUCAUGGGCGGCCGCGGGCUGUCAACCAACUAUAACGCCGAGAGGCACUUCAGGGACGCCCGCGGUACGCAGAUCUACGGUGGUGUGACCGACAUUCAGAAACGCCUCGUCGGUCACUACCUACUCAAGGAACACGGCGCCCUAUGAUGCGGCACGGACGAUAGAACGAUAAGUUGCGACUGAUGUAUACCUAAAUAUCUACAUCGAUAAAAUAUCAGUAUCUAAACACUCAAGAUAUAAUGUGCAUCGUGCAUAUUGAUUUAAAUGCGUAAUAUUUAUACAGGUGAAUGCGCUUCGAAUGGACAACUUUAAAAUGAACGCUUUAUUCAACUUUUAUGUGUCAAACGACUCAAUCUUUAUUUUAUUUUCAUAAUUCUACCAUAUACAGGGUGUUAGGUAAAUGGGUAUAUGAGCCGACACUAGCCCAUGUUAACAUGGUCAUAUAAAUGGUAUGGUGAAGUCAGAAAUUUAU